AUACUACACUUCUCUCUGUUUUUGCUCCCAUAUUAAAAAAAUGGACUUAUCACUAAGUUCAACACUUUCCUACGUAGUUCUCACAUUCACUCUCCUUCUCCUUCUCAAAUUUCUCAUUCCUACAACAAAAUCCAAUAAAAAAAAUCACUCUAAGCUUCCACCGGGACCCACCCCACUUCCCAUAAUAGGAAAUCUUUUAAAACUUGGCAACAAACCCCACCAUUCCUUAGCAAAUCUUGCUGACAUUCAUGGCCCAAUAAUGACACUUAAAUUAGGGCAAGUAACAACUGUAGUAAUUUCUUCGGCUGACAUGGCAAAAGAAGUUUUAUUAACACAUGACCUAAUAACCUCAAAUAGAACUGUCCCUGAUGCACUCUCCGUUCUCAACCAUGAUCAGUACAGUCUAUCUUUUAUGCGUGUCUCGCCGCGUUGGCGUGACCUUAGGAAAAUUUGUAACUACCAGUUGUUUUCAAAUAAAACGCUUGACUCGAGUCAAGCGUUAAGGCGUAGGAAGUUACAAGAUCUCCUUAAUGACAUCGAAAGAUGUAGCAAAGUUGGGGAGGCUGUUGAUGUUGGAAAAGCUGCUUUUAAGACGACGGUUAAUUUGUUGUCGAAUACUUUUUUCUCGGUCGAUUUUGUUCAUUCGGCCAAGGAAGCUGGAGAGUAUAAGGAGAUUAUUGUGAGUAUAUUGAAGGAAGUUGGAGUGCCGAAUGUGUCGGAUUUUUUUCCCAUGUUGAAGUUUCUGGAUUUGCAGGGUAUUAGAAAGCGUUCGAUUGUUUCUGUUAAGAAGGUUUUGAGUAUUUUUAAGAGAUUUGUAGGAGAAAGGGUGAAGAUGAGGGAAGGCACUGGUUCUAUUGGAAAUGAUGAUGUUCUUGAUGCUUUGCUUAAUAUGUCUUCGGAUGGUGGGAAGAUUGAGAUGGAUAAAGAUGAAAUUGAACAUUUGUUGCUGAAUAUAUUUGUUGCAGGAACAGACACAACAACAUACACACUAGAAUGGGCAAUGGCAGAGUUAAUUCACAAUCCAGAAAUGAUGUCAAAAUUAAAAGAAGAACUUGAAAAAACUGUUGGCAAAGGUAUUCCAGUUGAAGAAACCGACAUAGCUAAACUACCUUACAUGCAAGCAGUUAUAAAGGAAACAUUUCGUUUACAUCCACCAGUUCCUUUGUUACUUCCUCGUAGGGCAGAAAUCGAUGUUAAAAUUGGUGACUAUGUUAUUCCGAAAGAUGCACAAAUUUUGAUUAAUGCUUGGGUUGUUGGUAGAGACCCAACUAAAUGGGAAAAUCCUAAUGUUUUUAUACCAGAGAGGUUUUUGGAUAGUGAAAUUGAUAUUAAAGGACAUCAUUUUGAGCUUAUUCCAUUUGGUUCUGGAAGAAGAACUUGUCCUGGUUUGCCUUUGGCUAUUAGAAUGUUGCCUUUGAUGUUGGGAUCUUUGGUUAAUUGCUUUGAUUGGAAACUUGAAGAUGGUUUGAAUGUUGAGGAUUUCAAUAAGGAAGAUGAAUUUGGGAUUACUUUGGAAAAAUCUCAACCUGUUCGAAUUGUUCCAACUAAAUUGUAUUGAAAAAUAUGUUUCGUUUAUUACAGUUCAUGAGAAGGUAGUUGCAAGGACAUUUAACAUGUUGGGGAUCGAUUCGAGCUUAAGAUCCUUUUUUUUUUCAAAGUUCACUAAGAAAUAAUAAUGUUGCAUAUAUAUAUAUAUAGAGAGAGAGAUGCACAUGUGUGUUGUUCUAUUUAAAUAAACAAUCAAAGGGUCAAGUGCAAGUGUUAGUGGUGGUUUGUUUUUCUUGUUUAUUCAUAGUAAACCUGAUACUUCUUGUUGUGACCUUUAUGUCUUAAUGUUGAAAUUUGUUGGCUGAAUUAAUAGAAUUAAUAAAAAUAUGCAAGAGUUCUAGGCUGAUGUUAAUAUAUGUAAGCAAGCCAACAUUUAAGUUCAAGUAUGGUGAAUGAAUAUGGUCUUCUAUCUUAGAUGAGUUGAAUGCUUGAUUUUGGAGUUCCAUGUGCUUCUUUAUGAUAUCAAG